AUGUCCGUAAGAAAUGCCACUUUUCGUUUAAGCCGUGCUGCUAUUGCUAAGAGAACUUUGGUCAGAAUUGCUUCUCAAGCCUCAUUAAGACCAACGACACUGAAUUCUGCCACUGGAGUCGCUCGUUCGCAGUUGACUUUUAGUCGUGGUGUGAAAACCAUUAAUUUUGGUGGUGUCGAAGAAGUUGUCCACGAGAGAUCUGAUUGGCCAAGAGAGAAACUGCUAGAGUAUUUCAAGAAUGACACUUUAGCUUUAAUUGGCUACGGAUCUCAGGGUUAUGGUCAAGGAUUAAAUCUAAGAGAUAAUGGUCUCAAUGUUAUUAUUGGUGUCCGAAAGAACGGCGCUUCUUGGAAGGCUGCUAUUGAGGAUGGCUGGGUUCCUGGUGAAAACCUUUUUGAUGUCACUGAAGCUAUAAAAAAGGGUUCUAUCAUCAUGAAUCUUUUGUCUGACGCCGCCCAAUCUGAGACUUGGUCUACCGUCAAACCCUUAUUGACUGAAGGUAAAACUUUAUACUUUUCUCACGGAUUUUCUCCAGUUUUCUCAAACCUUACCCAUGUAGAGCCACCUUCCAACAUUGACGUUAUUUUAGCUGCUCCUAAAGGUUCAGGUAGAACUGUUCGUUCCCUUUUUAAAGAGGGACGUGGAAUCAACUCUUCCUAUGCUGUUUGGAACGACGUCACCGGAAAAGCUGAAGAAAAAGCCAUUGCUUUGGCUGUAGCAGUCGGAUCUGGAUACGUUUAUCAGACCACAUUUGAGCGUGAAGUUAACUCCGACUUGUACGGUGAGAGAGGUUGUUUAAUGGGAGGUAUCCAUGGUAUGUUUUUGGCACAAUACGAGGUUCUAAGAGAGAAUGGACAUACGCCAUCAGAAGCUUUCAACGAAACCGUCGAAGAGGCUACUCAGUCUUUGUAUCCCUUGGUUGGAAAGUAUGGUAUGGAUUACAUGUAUGAUGCCUGCUCCACUACUGCUCGUAGAGGUGCGUUAGACUGGUAUCCAAUUUUCAAGGAUGCCCUCAAGCCAGUGUUCGAAGAUCUUUACAAUUCAGUAAAGACAGGUAAGGAAACUCAACGUUCUCUUGACUUCAAUUCACAACCUGAUUAUAGGGAGAAACUUGAAAAAGAACUGGAAAUUAUCCGUAAUAUGGAGAUUUGGAAGGUUGGAAAGGAAGUCCGCAAACUACGUCCAGAAAACAACUGA